AAACAACAACAUCCGGUUUAAAUAUACUGAGAAGAAACAAAAAACAAAUGAGAUUUAGAUUCCAGAUCUACAUUACUUAAUCUAUCUUAUACUAUAGUUAUAGUCUAGGUCUCGAUAUCUACGAACUAGAAUCUAGAUCUACUUGUCUCUAGUCUAGGCUCAGAUGUAUUGAUUAUGGAUAUACUUAAAGCUGAAAUAGAAAGAAAAAAGCGUCAGCUUGAAGAAAAUAAUUUACUAAAAGAUCCAAAAAAGAAAUACUUUAAGCGAGCAGAGUUGGCAACUAAACAAGCUGAAGAGUAUUGGAAGAAACAAAGCAGUAUAGUCAAGUCAGAUAAUACUGCUCAGAUAGCUGAUGGUGAAGACAGACUUAAAGUCAAUGGUGAAGUUAAAUCAGACAGACACUCCCUAUUACCAAGGAAAGAGGUAAUUAGAAAGCUCAGAGAACGUAAUGAACCCAUACGGUUGUUUGGUGAGGAUGAUUUCGAUGCAUAUAAAAGAUUGAAGAAACUAGAAACCUCAGAGCCGGACAUCAAGAAUGAAGGUUAUUCCAAUGACUUCCAAGCAGCUAUGGAAAAAGUGGAUCAGGAUUAUCUGAAUGAAAUAAUUCAAUCUACUGGUGAAGAAGAUCAAAACAAAUCCAACGAUGUAUCUGUUAAGGAUGAUGGGACAACUCUUGAAGAUGUCGCUCGAAUGCGACAAGAACUAGGUCAAGGUGAUAAAGAUAAGGACCAUGAAAUAGUUUUAAGGUUUUUCAAGUUUGUCCUUAAAAAGUGGGGUGAGCAGCUGAACACAAGACCAGAAGAAGACAAGAGAACAAUAAAAGGUAAAAUGGCCAGCGCCACACAUUCACAGACAGUUUCCUAUCUCAAACCUCUGUUCAGAAAAUUAAAGUACAAGGAUGUAGAUGAAGGCUUGCUGGGCAGUAUUGUAGAAAUAGUUCAACAUAUGAUGGAUCGCAAUUACAUUAAGGCCAAUGAUUCUUAUUUAGAAAUGGCCAUUGGCAAUGCACCCUGGCCCAUUGGUGUAACUAUGGUUGGCAUUCAUGCUCGUACUGGUCGUGAAAAGAUUUCAUCUCGCUAUGUUGCUCAUGUGCUUAAUGACGAGACACAAAGAAAAUAUAUUCAGGCUGUAAAAAGAUUAAUGACUCAGUGCCAGAACCUCUUCCCCACAGAUCCAUCCAGAAGUUAUAACUAUUUAAGGACAACUAACAAAUGAAAUACCAUUCAGAAGUUUUGCUUAAUGACACUAUAUUUUUAGACAGAUCUGUGAAAUUAAUUCUGAUUCCUUUUUUUUUUUUUUGUACAGUUAACCAAUUAUUAAAGAGUCAUUAUGUUUUAAAAUCUAAUAUUUUCUAUCCUUCUUUACAUUGUAUGUCCAAUGCCUGGAAAAUAUUGCACAGCAGGCUUUACACUGGAAGCCUUUGGGCUGAGAGACAAAAUCAAACAUGGAGUUCAGUAAAACAAGAAGCACAGAUGGCAGGAUGGACAUGGAUCCAAGUGAGGGGAAUUACCCAGAACACAGUCUAAUGACAAAUACUGUAACUGGGAGUCAAAAGGGAUUAACUUAAAAACAUGUUUUUAAA